AUGUUUAAAGGUCGGCUUAGUGAGCUCCAAUUCAGAUUAAAAUCGUUCAUAACACAAAAGUAUGCUUUACAACACAACGCCCCCUUAUCAACUUGCGAUCUUGCUACAUAUGAUUUCCUAAAAAAAACAAAUUUUUCAAGACGCAAAACUCACAUAUGUCGUAAAGAAGAGAACAAGCCUUUUGGUGAGGGAAGAGAUAGAAAUCGUUUAUUAUGGGCGUUGAAUGAAAAGAAAGAGAACGAACAUUUAAUUAGAUAA